CCCUCAUACUCAAUUCCUUUCUCACUUGCUCACAAGACUACUAUAAUUGCAUAGUUUAUCUUUAGCCUUCUUAAGGUGGAUUUCUUCUCCAUUUUCUCUCUUCAUUAAGGUUUUAUUGAGACAUGAGUUAUGACAUUGUCACCAUAAAAGGACAACUAAAGUAUGAUGGGCAAUAAUUUUCCCUCCUUUACUUAGCUUGUGAAAGAAAAAUCAUUUAUGGGAGGUAGGUAUCCAACAUAAAUAAAUCAAGAAGAUUAGAUUUGUAGGGUUCGAUGAAAUAUAUAAAAGGAAGAGUUGGGAGCCCAAUCGCUUCAGGAAAGAAGAAACCAAGUCGUCUUGUCACUACGGAGCAGUUGUGAAGAAAGUAGCAGAUACGGUUUCGAUCUUUGUGAAGAGGUUGAGCAACUUGGUUUUACAAGAAGCUUUUCUGUUUGGACAAGUAGAAGGGCAGAAAAAGCGAAAGAUUGAUAUUGAAAGAUCUACAAUAAGGAGCAUAAUCAAUCUUAAAAUCAGAAGAGUAGCAAAAAUGGCAGAGAGCAGUGUCUCUUUUCUGGUACAGAAGCUGUAUGACUUGGUUUCACAAGAAGCCUCCCUAUUCGGGGCAGUCAAAGGGGAGGUGAGGCAGCUUUGUAAGGAGCUGGAGUGGAUCCGGCUCUUCCUGGAAUAUGCAGAUGGACAGCGCAGAUACGAUGAAAGGUUCAAGCUGUGGGUGAAUCAGGUCAGAGAUGCGGCUUUUGAUGCUGAGGAUGUCAUUGAUGAAUACGUGUUCAAGGUGGAACGCAAACGGCAGCAAAGACUCAAUAAUCUCAAGUUCCUCAACUUCUUGCCCGCAUGCCUCAACUUUGUUGACAAGUUACAGCUGGCACAUGAGCUCAUGGGUCGUAUAACAGAUAUCAAUACCACAUUUGAGAAGAUCUUGGUUUAUAAAAAGAGGUACGGCAUCGAAUAUCCGAGAGCGUCUGAAGCUGGGAGUUCAUCUGAACCUUGGAGGUACUCCAAUCAAAUGGUGGCCAGGAAAGAGAAGAGGCUUCCCACUGUUGAAGAAACCAACGUUGUGGGGAUGAAAAAUGAUGUGGAAGCUGUAAAGGGAAAGCUGUUAGAGGGAGCAACGGAAAGAGUAGUGGUGGCCAUCUGGGGAAUGGGUGGCCUUGGCAAAACAACUCUUGCCAAGAAAGUUUACAACGACAGCGAUGUUCAGCAGCACUUUAAGUGCCGUGCUUGGGUUUUUGUAUCUCAAGAGUAUAAUAUCCGGGAGCUUUUGCUCGGGAUCGCCAAUUGUGUCACGACUCUCACGGAUGAACAAAAAGGUAAAAAUGAAAAUGAAUUGGGAGAAGAGGUUAAAAAAUGUCUCCAGGGAAAAAGGUACUUGAUAGUACUUGAUGAUAUAUGGAACACCAAUGUUUGGCGCGGGUUGAGGUCAUAUUUUCCUGCAGAAUCAAAUAAGAGCAGAGUGGUGAUCACUACUCGCAAUCAAGGAAUUGCUCUGGAUGCUCAUUCAGAUUGCCAUGAACUUCAACCUUUGGGUGAUAAGGAAAGCUGGGAUCUCUUUCUCAACAAAGUAAGGAGUGCAGGUUUGGAGGAAUUCAAAAAGGAGAUAUUAGAAAAAUGCAAAGGUUUACCUCUUGCGAUUGUGGUUCUUGGAGGACUUCUAUCACUGAAAGAUCUGACACAACACUCAUGGCGGAAAGUACUUGAUAGCAAAGAUUGGCAUCUCAGUCAAGGGCCCGACUCCUGUUUGGGAGUUCUUGCGCUGAGCUAUAACAACUUACCUUCUUACUUGAAGCCCUGCUUUCUUUACUGUGGCGUUUUUCCGGAGGACUCAGAAAUCAAAGCAAGUGAGUUGAUUCAAUUGUGGGUUGCUGAAGGAUUUGUACAAAAAAGGGGAAAAGAAACGCCGGAAGACAUUGCAGAAGACUACUUAUACGAGUUGAUCCAGAGAAGCAUUAUUCAGGUGGCUGAUACGAGAGCCGAUGGAAGGGUGAAGUCUUGCCGUAUACACGACCUGCUUCGAGAUCUUGCCAUUUCAGAAGCUAAAGAAGAAAAACUUUUUGAGGUAGAUGAAAACAUUGAUGUGGACGUGCUUCCUACUAGUAAUCGUCGACUGAUCGGUAAUAUUAAUCAGACCAACUCUCCGCAUUUGCAAAAUUCUAAUCUCCGAUCUUUGAUCCUCAAUGGAUCCCCCAUUGAUGAAGGAGGUGGGGUAUUUUUACAUAAAUACCCUAAAUUGCUUCGGGUCCUGCACGUGGACUUGGUGCAGGAUAGAGGAAUUUAUGAUGUUGAUCUCAAACUAUCAGGAAAAAUAGGAGAACUCAUCCACCUUAAAUAUUUAUGCUUAGGGGGAAUUAAGACGGAAAUAAGGCUUCCACCAUCAAUCGGUGGGCUUGUUAAUUUACAAACCCUUGAUUCAGGAGACAAUUACAUCCGCAUACCCCAUACAAUUUGGAAAUUGAAGCAAAUGAGACAUCUAAAUUGUUGGAGAGGUACGAUCUCAUCAAGGCAGUCAAUGAGAGAGACGUGGGUGGAAGGCCAUUUGGGUGUCCAUCAAAUGACCAACCUUCAGACAUUAUAUUUAGAGGCUGGCGAUUGGUUGAAGGAUAACAACUUGGGAAAACUGGCCCACCACCACCUAAAGCAAUUGAAGCUAAACCUUGAAUAUCACUCAGAGUUGAAGGAGGGGUCGUUCCGAUCUAUAGCCCAAUUAACUGGGCUUCAAAAGCUGAAGUUGCUUUCUGAUAAUUUUAUAGAAAGCGAGGGAUUGUCAACAUCAAAUGCUGAAGUUGAAUCUACACCAAUUCUAUUCCCAGGUCUGGAGUCUUUCUCACACCACAAGUGCCUCUACAAAUUGCAUCUAGUGGGACCCAUCCGAAAACUACCCGUGGAAACAACACUCUAUCCUCCGAAUCUCAUGCAACUCAAACUGUUUCGUACUAGAAUGGAGGAAGAUCCAAUGCCAAUACUAGGGAGGCUGCCAAACUUGAGGAUUCUCACAUUGUUACCAAAUUCUUAUGUGGGUACGGGAAUGAAUUGUCCUCAUGGAGGGUUCCUUCGACUUGAAUUCCUACAAAUGCAGGGGUUGGUGAGUCUAGAAGACUUGUCAGUGGCGGAAGGAGCAAUGCCUAAUCUGAAGACAUUGAAAAUUGAGUUUUGUAGAGAAGUGAGGAAGUUCCCAGAUGGAUUAUUGCAGCUGAAAAAGCUCCAAAGACUAAACCUCUAUUUUCUACCCAACGAAUUGAUAAGUGAGGUUUUAGAGACACAAGGAGAAGAUUGGAAUAGGAUCCGUCGUAUAAUCACCUUCCAGGUACCUCCCCACAGUUGGUGAUAUUAAUUUGGUUUUAGAUGCAAUUAUGGUUAAUUUAGAGCUUCAAAUUCUAUAUAAUCAGGUGAAAGUCGUUUUAUGUUGUAUAUUUCAAUAUGCUCGAUUGAUUCACCAUGUGAAAAUGACUAAAUUACUCUUUUUAUUUUAUUUUAUUUU